AUAAGACAUAUCUCAUGACGCGUGAUGUGGUAGGGAGAAGAUCUCGAAGGUACCGAGUCGACCAGUUAGACUAGAUCUGGUCCACCGUCGGCAUCAUCGACUUUUCUUUCCAAGCCCAGGAAGUCGGUAAGUCGUGAUUAAAAUAAUAGAACAAAUCGCGUGGAAAGCGGAGCGAUGGGCAGCUGCCAGUUGGAAGGCUGCGCAGGUGCGAUAGGAGGACCGGGAGGUCUGCUGUUUGCGCAACUGUUGAAUACAAUUUUGAGCGCCCAAUGCGCCUUGAAUUUGAAAAACGAAUAUCCAGCCGACAGGACGGAGGAGCUUUUGGGAAUGGAUGAUCCCAGCUAUGACUUCGUAAUCGUGGGAGGUGGAUCAGCCGGGUCCGUGCUGGCCAGCAGGUUGACCGAAGUCCAAAGGUGGAAGGUGCUGCUGAUAGAGGCUGGAGAGGAUCCCUCGGCACUCAGUGAGAUACCAGGGCUGCUACUGACACUCCAAGGGACCGAGGAGGACUACGCCUACGAAGUGGAGCCGCAAGCGAACGCGUGUCAGGGGAUGAAAGGCAAGAGAUGCAGAUGGUCAAAGGGCAAAGCACUUGGCGGCAGUUCGGUCAUCAAUGCGAUGCUCCACGUUUAUGGGAAUGAUCGUGAUUACGAUAAUUGGGCGAAAUUAGGUAAUACCGGUUGGUCCUACCAGGACGUUUUCCCAUACUUCCUAAAGUCCCUGAACUGCCCGCCGGGCCUGACCGGUGCGGCUGGCGAACACUGCCGCUCCGGGGGACUUCUGGAUAUCCGCUCGUACAAUUACACGGAAUCUAAGAUGCACCAGAUCGUCCUAGAUGCUGCGAGGGAACUCGGGAUUCCCAUCCUGGAGUCUUUGAACGCCGGGAAGUACCUGGGUUACGGGAAGGCCUACGGGACUCUGGACAAAGGGAGACGCGUCAACGUGGCCAAGGCGUUCCUGGCGCCUGCCCGGGACAGGCCGAACCUUCGGGUUGUAAAAUCGGCCCGGGUCGUGGGGAUCGCGAUGGAGGGAGACCGGGCGAGCGGCGUCCACGUAACGUUGAGGAACGGAAGGAGCAUCCUGGUGAAAGCUAGCAAAGAAGUGAUUAUGUCGGCGGGAAGCGUCGCGACGCCGCAGAUCCUCAUGCUCUCGGGAAUCGGACCCAGGGAUCAUCUUCGGGAGAUGAAGAUCGACACUAUUGCUGAUCUGCCCGUCGGGAAGAAUCUUCAGGAUCACGUGAUCUGGCUGGGGAUACAAUUGGAAUUGACUAAUCAUACCGGGGAACCGUUCACCCAGACCAAGCUUCUGGAUGAUGCUUACGACUUCCUGGUGCACCGGAAAGGCGAGUUCGUUUCUACCGGAGGCGUCGAUCUUCUGGGCUUCGUCAACCUUCGGGAUCCUCAGUCGUUGUAUCCUGACCUUCAGUUCCAUCAUGCUUACUUUCCUAAGGGUCAAGUCUUCAAGGUCGAAACUAUCAUGCGCGCGUUCAAUAUCGACGAGGGCAUAACUGCUGAACUCGUCAGGAAGACUUCCCAGGCCGACGCCAUAUUUGUUUGUUCGACGCUCCUAAAACCAAAGAGUCUUGGGGAAAUUAAACUCAGGUCGGCCGACCCUAAGGACCCGGUUAAGAUCUACGCCAACUACUUCACGGACCCUGAGGACGAGGAAGUCAUGUUGAAGUCCGUCGACUUUGUCAAGACUUUCCUCGAGACCAAGAUCUUUAAAGAUUUCUCGAUCAAGAUGCGCCACUUUGAUAUUCCCGGAUGUUCCGACACGGUACCGGAUUCUCGGGAAUAUUGGAAGUGCAGUCUAAGUCACGUGGCCGGGACUGUCUUUCACGCCGUGGGAACCGCCAGGAUGGGACCCAAGGGUGACCCACGGGCUGUCGUCGACCCACGACUCAAAGUUCACGGCGUCCAAAGGUUAAGGGUUAUCGAUGCGUCGGUUAUGCCUGUGAUCACCAGUGGGAAUACGCACGCUCCUGUUAUCAUGAUUGCUGAAAAGGGAUCCGACUUGAUUAAACAAGAGUGGCUUUCCAAAGACGAGCUUUAACAGGGGACCGAUAAAUAAGUUCAAUGCUUUUUAAUAAAUUCACAAAACUAUAAAUUUCCCAUAAAAAUUGUAUAAUUAUUGCAUAAAAAAAAAGAAAAAAGGAUUAGGUUUUUAUAUCGAUAUUAUGAGUUAUUAUAAGUUCACAUUAAUAUAAAUUUAAAACAAAUCUUUAAACUCUUGACUCUUGACUGACAGCUUGACUUCGAGAAAGGGAAUUCUUGAAUUUCGAAUUUCAAAUAUGCCUGCAAUUUCCACUAAAUAUGAAGUUCGCGCUUUCCGAAUGCCACUGAAUACUCCCGGACACAAUCGAAUAUGUCCGCUAUUGACAUUCCCCUGGUUAUCAGCUCCCUGUUAUCUAAAUUGGACUUUUAUCGUCGGUCGGUAACAAUUUAGGGAUACACGUUAUCGGCAUUAUUGAUGUAGCACACUAAAUAUUCCACGACACAUUAGAAUCGUCCCAAAAAUCUUAAAGGUAUUAUUGCCGUUUUCGUGGUUUCGUAAUGCAAUCUUUUUUCUGAACAUUCACCUACCAUCUACCUACAUCCGGUGAUUUCACUCCCUACUGUUCCACAAAUUCAGCCUAAAAACAAGUAAUGCCAAGUCGCUUUAGUAAGACGUGCCUUUCGCAAAAAGUCGCUCUUUAAGUGCCAGUUAUAUAAUACAGUAGCGACUAACUGGUUCAUCGGUAGUACCAACGAAAACAGGCGAAUCGAAUUACCACGAAUAUGUAGAAGAUCGGAAGACGCAGAAUUAACGCAGGAUCGACUAAGAGCGACGGUUAAUGAUUUCUUUUUAUGAAGCACUAUACCCGGAGGCCUAUUGAUUCGUUAGGAAGGGCAGAAUGAUAGUCAACACCAAUUAUGUGACCUUAAUGGAUAUUUGAUGUAUUUUUGAAUUACGAACACUCAGUGGAUAAGACUUGGGUACGAUAAUCUAAAACAAAGGAAGAAUAGAAUCUGCUGGUAUUAAGGAGGCCGAUUCGAUGAACCAGAUCGCGAGUUAACGAAACGAGAAUCGAUUUCUCAAGACAGCCGGUCCCAAAAUCUUUCGGAUUCAUGCCUCAACUUUUUUUAGGUCAAACUGUCUGCACGGCUAUUUGUAUCGCUACGGAUAAUUGGCCAGAAGAAAUCCAGUGCUUCGGGGAAACCGACCAUUAGACCCAACAUAGACAUAACUUCAAUUCAUCCAGAUAAAAGUUACGAAAUAGAAAGAAAUUUCCAAGUUAGAAAAUAAUUUGUCAAUACUUUAGUAUGGGUUGAUCGAUUUUUUAAAUUUUAAGUUCAAUACCGAAGUGGUCCCGAGUGUAAUGAAAAUCUUAAAAAAAUUUCAUUUAACUUAAUUACAAUGAGCAAUGUAUCAAGCAAUAAUAAUUUUCCUGAACGAUA